AUGUCCUUCGACAGAGAUCCCGAACAGCCUCCUGCUAUCUUAUCCUCCCAAUCACUCCGGCCGUCCCAAUAUGCUACUCCGAUCGACCAGAGCAACUUCCCAUCGAAUAUGUCUACGUCUCCUUCGAGAGACUCCGUCGUCGCCCGAAUCCAGAUACAGUCGACACAAAUUCCGAAGGCGUGGGUAUCGCCCAUCUGCGGCGCCGGCGCCGGCUUCGCCUCCGGUAUCGUCACUUGCCCUCUCGAUGUGAUCAAGACGAAGCUUCAGGCCCAGGGCGGGUUCACGCAGAGGGUGCCGUCGAAAAAUCCAUAUGGCGCCAUACGACAACCGUACAAAGGUAUCAUUGGCACUGGCAGCGUCAUAUGGCGAGAAGAAGGUGUCCGUGGCAUGUACAGAGGCUUAGGUCCCAUGCUAUUGGGCUAUCUGCCAACAUGGGCCGUCUAUCUGACGGUGUAUGAGAAUACUCGAGAGUUCUGGUACGAUCGGUGCGGCAGCUGGUGGGUGGCACGCUGUUAUUCGUCCCUUACCGCCGGCGCCUGUUCCACGAUCUUGACAAACCCCAUUUGGGUCAUCAAAACUCGGUUGAUGUCCCAAUCCAACAAAUCCGCUACCGCCAGUGAUGGAAUGCGAGCUCCCUGGCAUUACACUUCAACACUUGACGCCGCUCGCAAAAUGUACCGCACCGAAGGGCUUCGGUCUUUCUACUCUGGUCUGACGCCCGCCCUGCUAGGUCUAACCCAUGUGGCAAUCCAAUUUCCUCUCUACGAAUUCUUCAAGAUGAAAUUCACUGGCUAUGGCAUGGGUGAACAUCCACCUGAAGACAGCACCUCAAACUGGCUCGGUAUCUCUGCCGCCACAUUUCUAAGCAAAAUCUGUGCAUCAACAGCCACCUAUCCUCAUGAAGUUUUGCGCACUCGUCUUCAAACACAACAACGCAGAUCGGCGCUCACAACAUCAGAUGGCAUGAAAGUACAGGCGCGCUACACGGGCGUCUGGCAUAUGUGUAAGGUCAUUCUCAAGGAGGAAGGCUGGCGUGCAUUUUAUGUGGGCAUCGGCACAAAUCUUAUCCGAGCGGUCCCGGCCGCCAUGACCACCAUGCUAACCUAUGAAUGGUUGCGUAAUAUCAUCACCCGAGCCCAGGAAAAGGGUGAGGAACUGAAGAAGCCGACUGAUGGAUAUCCCCUAUGA